GACGGAAUAAUGCGCUCUCGGCCCGGGAGCGACGCAGCGAUCCCGCGGCGCCGUGGAUAAUGCGCGGAGGUGCCGAGCCCGUGGGCACGUCGUCCGUCUGACCGGGGAAAGUUGCUCGUCGGCCGUUCCGAUCUGAGACAAGAUGCAUCUGUUCCGGAGUCACAACUACCAAGUGUUCCCGGACCGCUACUCGGGGGAGACCCCGGCCAUUCGGGGCAUCAGCUGGACUCCUUUGCCAGAGGCCCUGGAUUCAAAGGACACUAUGAAGCAGUUUCUUUCAGAUCGAAUUGUAAAAGCAGCGCGGUCGUUGUAUGCCGUGAUGAUGGAGAGGACCCCUGGUCUGAUCCGUGACAGGAAGCAUCACCUCAAAACCCACAGGCAGUGCUGCUCGGGUAGAGAGCUCGUCGACUGGCUGAUGAAGCAGAACGACUGCUUCCAGUGGCGGAGCCAGGCGGUCGGGGUGUGGCAGGUCCUGGUAGACGAGGGGAUCAUUGUUCAUGUGAAGCAGGAGGUGAACUUCCACGACAAGGACACGCAGUUCUACCGCUUCAAGGACGCCGACCUCGGCCCGAGCCUCGCGGCCAACGACAGGGACUCGGAGGACGAGCUCCAGGAGUCUCUGUCGCUGCUGUCUCAGCUGGGCCCCGACGCGCUGCUCACUAUGAUUCUACGCAAAUGUCCGAGCCAGAGGAGCUCUGAGGACCUGGAGGUGAUCUAUGAGGAGCUGCUCCACGUCAAGGCCGCGGCUCAUCUCUCCACCUCCGUGCGCAAGGAGCUGGCGGCAGUGCUGGUCUUUGAGUCACAUGCCAAGGCCGGAACAGUGUUGUUCAGUCAGGGGGACAAAGGAACGUCCUGGUACAUCAUCUGGAAAGGCUCCGUGAAUGUGAUCACGCAUGGAAAGGGACUGGUGACCACGCUGCACGAGGGCGAGGACUUCGGGCAGCUGGCUCUGCUGAACGACGCCCCCCGAGCCGCCACCAUAAUCCUGAGGGAGGACAACUGCCACUUCCUGCGGGUCGACAAACAGGACUUCAUUCGCAUCCUCAAGGACGUGGAGGCCAACACGGUGCGACUGGAGGAGCACGGCAAGACCGUGCUGGUGCUGGAGAGGAGCGCGGGCUCGGCCGAGCAGGGAGGAGGCGGCAACAGCAGCAAAUACACAGUGAUGUCAGGAACGCCGGAGAAAAUCCUGGAGCACCUGCUGGAAAGGGUGAAGCUGGACUCCAAUGGGAACGACGCACUAGAUCCCUUAGUGAGCGACUUUCUGCUCACCCACGAGGUCUUCAUGCCCUCCAGCCAGUUGUGUUCUGCUCUACACCACCACUACCAGGCACAGCUCUCUGAAGGCUCAGAUCAGGAGAAAGCAGCCUACGUUCUCAACACCAAGCAGAAGGUAGUGAAGCUAGUUGGCCAGUGGGUGGCGCUGUUCAGCCUUUUGCUGAAGGAAGAUCCUGUUGCUUUGGACUUCUUGGAGAGGUUGAAGAAGGAGGUGGCAGGAGAUGUCCGCCUAUGCAGCCUGCUGAAGGAGCAGUUCAGAGACAGAAGGAGAACAAAAAUGUUGGAGAAUGGAUGCCAGUCACUGAGCAGGAACCAGCAAUUUGACUGGUUUUCCAACUGUGAGGAGUCAGUGGGACGGCUGCAGCCAAUCAGAGCCCAGGACAAAGUCUUGUAUGAGAUCUACAGGCCAGACAACAAAGCUCUCACUGUGAUGCUCCACGUGAACACCUCUGUGCAGGAUGUGAUAUCAGCGAUAGUGAAACCUGGGGGAGACCACGUCUUGGUCAAAAUGAACUCUGCGGGAGAACGAGCGCAGCUAAAGCUGGACGCCACUGCAGUCUACACCGCCCUGGGGCUCAACGAGAGGCUCUUCAUCUGCACGAGCAGCCACGUGGAACACCUGAUGCCUCUGUCUGAGCAGCAGGGCCCGGAGCAGGGCACAGCGGACGUCCUCGAGCAGAUGGGCUCCAAAGACAUUGCCAGUGAACUUGCCAAUCAUGACUGGGAGCUGUUCACUGCUAUGCAUGAGGUGGAGCUCGUCUACUACGUUUUCGGGCGCCAUAAGUUCCAGGGCGCCAUCACCGCCAACCUGGAGCGGUGUGUGCGCCGCUUCAACGAGGUGCAGUACUGGGUCGUCACCGAGCUGUGUCUGUGCGAAGACCUGGUGAAACGGGCCGUUCUGCUUAAGAGGUUCAUCAAAAUCGCUGUCGUAUUAAAGGAGCAGAAGAAUCUCAAUUCAUUCUUUGCUGUGAUGUUUGGUUUGAGCAACAGUGCAGUACAGAGGCUCUACAAGACCUGGGAGAGGAUACCCAGCAAGAUCAAGCGGAUUUACUGCUCGUAUGAAAGGCUGAUGGAUCCAUCACGCAACCACAGGGCGUACCGGCUGGCCGUGGCCAAGCUCAGUCCUCCCUACAUUCCCUUCAUGCCGCUGCUGCUCAAAGACAUGACGUUCAUCCACGAAGGAAACCCAAACUACGUAGACAAGCUGGUCAACUUUGAGAAGAUGCGAAUGAUCGCCAAGACGGUGAAAAUGGUGCGUGGGUGCAGGAGCCAGCCGUACGUGCCUUCGUCUCCACAGAGGGGCCUGGCAGAUCGCAUGUUUCUGGAGGGGCCGGCUGCACGCGUGUCGACAUACUCGGACCUCGGCCUCCCUCCGCGGAGCUGCAUCAACAUCCGGCACUACAUUCAGAACCUGAAGGUGAUCGACAACCAGCGCAGGCUAACGCAGCUCUCGAGAACGAUCGAGUGACGGGACGUGAGGCCUGCAGGUGUGGGGACUGUGGAGCCGUAGCACAUUGUAGCCGCAUAAACAAAACACGGGGAGGACCUGUGAAGGAACGCCUGGGUGAAUGAGUGAAUGACUUUCAGACGCCUCCAGCGAAGCACAGGGUGAAUACGUGCACUGUGCACGGUAAUGACCUCCAAUGCUGUUUAAACGUUUGGCCACAGUGGAAAGCUCAUAAAGGCCAUGUUACACUAUGUACAGUCAGGCAAUAUGAGUAUAUGUAUGCUCAUUUUAAUUUAUGUAUAAUAUACUGUCGCCAUAGCAACUUUACAUCCUUGCCAUAAUUAAUCAUGUUGAGUUAUUCAAACAUUAGCUUUUACUCAUUACAGCAACGUUUUGUAACAACCGACACGCUUAUAUAUUCAUAGAAUGUUUUCUAAAUAAAUUAUUUUCUCACGUA